CGGCGGCCAGGCGACCUCCCGAGCCCAGGAGGCAGGCAGGUACGCAGCCUGGGGUUCAGAGUCCAGCACUUGCAGAGGAGGAGUUGGAGAGGCAGCAACUGCUAUGAUCCAGACGUUGUUGCUGCUGUUGCUGGCUGCGAAUGGAGCCACGGCUACCAGCACCAGUCCCCGCCUGAAGCUUUCCUUUCAUGAUCUCCGGAUGCGCCAUGGACUGCGCACCUAUGAGUUGGAGCGUUCCUGCUGUUAUGACACGCUGCUACUUGAUGAAGAGAGGGGGCGGCUUUUUGUAGGGGGGAAGAACUACCUGGCGUCCUUGAGCCUAGACAACAUCAGCAAACAGGACAAAAAGAUUUACUGGCCAGCACCCGUGGAGUGGAGGGAGGAAUGCAACUGGGCUGGCAAAGACAUCAAUGCCGAGUGCAUGAACUUUGUCAAGAUUCUGCACCUCCACAACCGCACCCACCUUUAUGCCUGUGGUACUGGAGCCUUCCACCCCAUUUGUGGCUUCGUAGAAGUUGGCCAGCGUGCAGAGGACUCUGUGUUCAAACUGGACCUCAAGAGCCUGGAGGAUGGCAAAGGGAAGAGCCCCUAUGACCCACGUCACAUGGCUGCCUCCGUGUUUGCAGGUGAAGAGUUGUAUUCCGGUGUGGCCACUGACCUGAUGGGACGCGAUUUCACCAUCUUCCGCAGCCUGGGCUCCCGGCCCUCGAUUCGUACUGAGCAGCACGACUCCCGGUGGUUGAACGAGCCCAAGUUCAUUGACGUCUUCUGGAUCCCAGAGAGUGAGAACCCCGAUGAUGACAAGAUCUUCUUUUUCUUCCGGGAAACCGCUGUGGAGGGGUCCCAGGGACUGGGAAAGCAGACCUUUGCCCGCAUUGGCCAGAUUUGCCGGAAUGACAUGGGUGGACAGAGGAGCCUGGUGAACAAAUGGACAACCUUUCUGAAGGCCCGGCUGGUGUGCGCCGUACUGGGCAGUGAUGGGAGUGACACCCACUUUGACCAGCUCCGUGAUGUCUUCCUGCUGCCUACCAAGGACAAGCGCAACCCAUUACUGUACGCUGUCUUCACCACCUCCAGCACUGUUUUCAAAGGCUCUGCUGUCUGCGUGUACCACAUGAAUGACAUCCGAAGGGCCUUCUUGGGGCCGUUUGCUCACAAGGAAGGGCCCAAUUAUCAGUGGGUGUCUUACCAAGGCCGUGUCCCUUACCCCCGCCCAGGAAUGUGUCCCAGCAAAACCUUUGGCACUUUCAGUUCCACCAAGGACUUCCCAGAUGACGUGAUCCAGUUUGCCCGCAACCACCCGUUGAUGUACAACCCUGUCCUGCCACACGGCCAGCGACCUGUCUUCAUGCAAACCAAUGUGGGCUACAGCUUCACCCACAUAGCUGUGGACCGUGUGGCAGCUGCUGAUGGCCACUAUGAUGUCCUCUUCAUUGGGACAGAUAUUGGGACAGUCCUGAAGGUGGUCUCUGUGCCGAAGGAGACCUGGCAAAACUUGGAGGAGCUGCUGCUGGAGGAGCUGCAGGUGUUCAAGGACCCUUCUCCAGUUACCAGCAUGCAGAUCUCUUCCAAGCGGCAACAGCUCUACCUGGGUUCCCGGACAUCCAUCUCUCAGCUGCCUUUGCACCGCUGUGGCAUCUAUGGCAAGGCCUGUGCAGAAUGCUGCCUGGCAAGGGAUCCCUACUGUGCCUGGGAUGGCACCACCUGCACCCGCUACAUGCACAACACCAAACGGCGGUUCCGGCGGCAGGACGUGAGGAACGGGGAUCCAAAUACUUUGUGCUCUGGAGAUUCCCAGCGAAACAAUGUGCAGGAAAAGAAGCUGUACGGAGUAGAAGGUAGCAGUGCCUUCCUGGAGUGCCUCCCUAGGUCACUGCAGGCUCAGAUUGUGUGGACAUACCAGAAAACCAGCAGUGCCCCACAGAAGGAGGUGUUGUUUGAUGAACGUGUCAUCAGGAUGGAACGGGGCGUCCUGUUGCGCAGUGUACAGCGCAAAGAUGCUGGCCUCUACCACUGCUAUGCCACAGAGCAUGGCUUUACCCAGAGUCUGCUGCACCUCCGGUUCGAAGUGAUCUAUGCCCAGCAAGCUGACUCCCUGUCCAUCUCCCGGGAGGAGGAGCCCACACAGCCCUUCCAUCGCAAGCUCUGGUACCAAGACUUCUUACAGUUGGUAGAUCAUCCCAACCUCAGCACCAUGGACCAGGUGUGUGAGCAACUCUGGAGCCGCAAGAGCCACCAGCCAAAGAAGAAGCCACCGCUGCCCCCUCCUCUUAGCGUCAAGGCCAAGAACCACAAGUGGAAGCACCUGGAGGAGAAGAGGAAAGCCCGCAGCCGGAGAACACAUGAGGUUCCCCGUGCAGAAAGGGGACCCCGGAGCAUAGAUGUAUGGUGACCUACGAGGUGGAUGGCUGGACAAACUGUGUGGCUGGGAAGGGACUAGAGCAGCCGAAUAUGGGGAGUAUGGGGAAAGGAGUGGAGGGAGGAGGAGGAGAGAAAAAGAGAGCAGGACUGUGGGUGGUUUCUGUAGUUUGGAGACGGCAGCUUCCUUCCACCCUGCCCCAUACUCCUCUGAGUUUUGCUUCAUACAUAGUUUGUAGGGGAUGUGUCACCAUUAUCCUAGCAGUCUAGCUGCCACUUUUUCAAGCCUGGCAUACAGCAACAAGGCCCAACAGAAGUCGGGGUUUCUACACCCCUGGCCUCUUCCAUAAUGCACAACCAAAGACGGGGCACCAGUCUCCAAGGACCAAGUGAACUGAAAAGCAGUGUACCAGAUGGCCCUGCGCCACAGGGGCCGUAGUUCCUCUCGCCCUGUUGUGAAUGGCUCUACUAGCUACCAAGGUAUUACCUGAGCACCGAGAUGCCCUCCAGCCUUGGAGCUUCUACCGGUGCUCAGCCAUCGGCGUCUCACAUGGAUGGAAACCCUGCUCAAAACUCUUUCUCAGUAGGCGGGUUAUUUGUCCCCUUCCCUCUCCCUCCCAUAACCCAGCCUCACGCCCCUGAAGCGUCGCACUGUGCUGUCCACCUCCAGAGACACAACAGAACCACUGAUAUAUAUUUAUUAACAGAUUGUUUACUGAUGAAUGUAAACCCACCCCUGGAUGGCCCACCAGGAUUUCACCUCUGACUGAAAGAAGCAGGGCUUGCCAUUGCCCAGAGAACCAUGGGGACAUUUCUGGCCAAGGUGUUUUGGGGAUGAACGUGUGAGGGGAAGAAAGGGAGAAGAUGUUGCAAGGGAUGGUGGUGGUGAAGAAGCCGAGAAGUAGAGGAGGGGCGGUGAGGAACUCUUCACUCUUUUGUGUAUGUUCUG